AUCUUCCAACCCCACGUUUAAUCUAUUCGUAAUUAAAAUCGAGAUCACGGAUUGCGAUACAACCCAUUAAAUCGAUAUAUCGCAUGGCGUAGGCAGGCAGGGGUCCGACUGUUUUUUUUACGAAGUAACACGUGACACUAGUGACAGUGCGAUCUCAGCUGAUCCGUGCCGAGUCACGCGUCUGAUGCGCGCGGAUACUGGUGAUAAUGUCCGCGAUAAACGUGAAGGCGCUCGCACGUCAGAACGUCUGGAAAUUCUUGAAGUCGUUCGACACCGUGCUGACGGACUGCGACGGCGUGCUAUGGAUGCACAUGACGCCCCUGCCGCAUUCGGCGGACGUCGUGAACCUGUUCCGCAGGCUCGGCAAGCGGGUUUUCUACGUGACGAACAACAGCACGAAGACCCGGGACGACCUCGUGGGGAAGUGCCAGGCCCUGCAGUUUGAGGUGACCAAGGACGAUAUCCUGUGCACCGCUCACUUGUCAGCGUCUUAUCUACAAAGCUUGGGCUUUCGCAAGAAGGUCUACGUUAUUGGUUCCGAAGCGAUCGCCAAGGAAUUGGAGCAGGCUGGUAUCUCGUAUUGCGGAAUAGGGCCGGACCCAGUUAAGCAGAAUGUCCCAUAUUCCGUUUUCGAGAAGGACCCUGAGGUGGCCGCGGUUAUAGUCGGUUUCGAUGAACACUUCAGUUAUCCUAAAAUGGUCAAAGCGGCUACGUAUCUGAAUGACGCCAAUGUACAUUUCAUUGGGACUAACACGGACGAGAGGUUUCCAGUUUCAAAUGAUGUCGUGAUACCUGGUACGGGAAGCCUGGUUAGAUGUAUAGAAAGUUGCUCAGAGAGAAAGGCGGUGAUUAUGGGUAAACCGGAUGAAUAUAUGGCUAAAAUGUUGAUGGAACGAUCUAACGUUGACCCCCAGCGUACUUUGAUGAUCGGAGACCGGUGUAACACCGAUAUACUCUUUGGAACUCGCUGCGGUUUUACGACUCUGCUAGUCCUGACGGGAGUGACCGCUUUGUCGGACGUCGAAAGAUGGAAGCAGUCCGAGCGACAGGAAGAACGGGAUCUCGUGCCGAAUUACUACAUAGACGCGCUUGGCGAUUUAUUACCGUACUUAAAAGAACUAGAAACUGAAAUGUCAUAAAUUCGCAAGAUUUAGCCCGUGACGAAGGAAAGUAUGAGCGCCAUAACAUUUUAAUAAAGAUAAUGCGACUUUUUAGAACAAAUCCGUACGUAUAUGGAAUGUAUCUCAUGCACGCAUACAUGUACAUAUAUAUAUUUGUGUGAAUAGAAUUACCUAACAGAAUCUUUUCAACAAAUUUUAACUAUUUAUAUUAAUUAUGUGAACCAAUGAAUUCUCUCUUGUGUGUAUAAAUUUUAAGAAAUAUUAAACGAAAGAUCUUGCAGCCCA